AUGAGUACGACCGAAGGAAAAUCUAAACUAACAUUAGCCAAAAAGCUAAGUGCCACCGCAAAGAAGGUACCGGUAGCCCGACAAGAGGAAACAAAUCCAAACCUUUUCUCCCAAAUUAAUACUAACACAAAAUCAAAUCUAAGAGGAUCGACUAAAACCAAAAAGGAUCUAAAAGAUACAGAAGAAGCGAAAUUGUCUAAUAAUGUAAAAAUAAAACCAAAAGAAGAAUUAAAAGUAGAAACUAAAAAGCCCCGAAGAAUAACCAGAAACAAGAAUUUUAUUAAAGAUGAAACGCAGAAUGGUCCGUUGGAAAUUCUAUCAAGUUCUUCAAAAUGUGUAAUCAAAAUUGAACAUGAUGAAGAACUGCCCUCUACCUCUACUAAGUUGGAAACAAAAGAAACUAACCAAAAAUCGAUAAAGAAAAGUAUCAAGAAAAAGGAGGUUGAAGUUACUGAUGAUAAAAGUGUAAUUAAACCAGAAACAAGCGAUUCUAUACCAUUAUCCAUAAACGUAAUAGAAAAUGAUACAAAUCUGAAAAAGAAAAAAUCACCAAAGAAAAAACCACCGGAAAGUCCAUUGAAGAAUGAAGUUCAAAUCGAUGAGGAUAUUAUCGACAAAUGGCAACCAGAAAAUUGGCAAAAACUUUUGGAAAAUAUACGUAUAAUGCGUUCCAAAGAGAAAGCGCCUGUCGAUACGAUGGGUUGUCACAAGUGUGCUGAUGAAAAUGCCGAUGAGAAGACUCAACGUUUUCAUAAAUUGGUUGCCUUAAUGUUAUCCAGUCAAACUAAAGAUGAUACCACCUAUCAUGCCAUGCUGCGCUUGAGAGAACACACAUUGACUCCCGAGUCGAUAUGUGAAAUGAAAUUGAAUGUUUUGGAAAAUAUAUUACAUCCCGUGUCAUUUUAUAAGAACAAAGCAAAAUACCUACAACAAACAUCGAAAAUUCUAAUAGAAAAAUACAAUUCCGAUAUACCGGACAACAUAAAAGAACUUGUAUCGUUGCCGGGUGUUGGUCCAAAAAUGGCACAUAUUUGUAUGUCAACAGCAUGGGAUAUUACCACGGGUAUUGGUGUUGAUGUUCAUGUUCAUCGCAUAUCUAAUCGUUUGCGUUGGGUACCGAAACCCACCAAAGAACCGGAAGAUACACGAAAAGCCCUAGAGAAAUGGUUACCCCGUGAACUUUGGAAUGAAGUUAAUUAUUUAUUGGUGGGUUUUGGUCAAACCGUGUGUACCCCUCAACGACCUAAAUGUCUGGAGUGUUUGAAUUGUAGAAUUUGCCCUGCGGCACCAAAAACUAAGGAUACACCCGAGAAAAGAGAAAAUAGUGAGGUUAUGGAAUUGUGUCAUAAGCCGUCUUUCAAAAAGAAGAAAAUGCAUGUUUAG